AAUAACAACGGCAGCGAUGGCGGCGACUUGUACGUGGAAACCGUGUGAAGAAUCGGGGGAAGACGGUGCCCUUGUCGUCAGAUUUUCCAACGGCCGAGUGAACAGCGCGGACCGUCUGGACAUCAAGCUCCUCAGACACCAGGACGGAAGCAACCCCAGGAAGAAGAGUCGGAGGAUCGUGGUGGCGGAAUCGGACCGGCUGUCGUACGUCGGGAGCAACUUCGGGCCGGGCGCCAUGCAGUGCAACAACCUCAGCAGGUACUUCGUGGGAGUCCUGGACAAGACCACCAUGCAGAUGAAGGUGAAGAGCGCUCAGCUGUUCCACCUGCAGCCCGUCGUCCCCGGUGAAAAGGCGGCAAACGUGGAGCAGAACGAGAACAAAACCUUCAGAGAGAAGGUGGACGCCCUCAUCGAGGCCUUCGGCACGACCAAGCAGAAGCGAGCGCUGAGCUCUCGGAGGAUGAACCAGGUCGGGAACGACACGCUGCAGAAGGCCGUGGCCCAGGCCGCCAGUGACAUCAUCGAGCAGAAAGGACUGGAAGCAUUGCAGCAGGAAGUAGCCGACUCGCAGGCUCAGACCGAAUCGGCGCCCUUCCUCCCGCCCUGCGACAGGACGGCGACCCAGCCGGAGGACGUUUACCCCCUGGAUGAGCUUCUCUCUUCAGCUGAGUUGGAGUCUCUCAAACAGCUUGGUGAAAAAAUGGCAGGACUGGAUUCAACAGAUCAGAAGACAAAGGACCUGAUUCCAUCCAGCGUCUCGCUGCUUUUGAAAUGCCUCCCCAAAGAGGGUGAAGCCCGAGACAGACGUGCCGCCUGCGCCUGGUACCUGGCCUUCCUCAUCAGACUCGCCAAGCAGAAGAAACUGGAGCGAACGUUCGGAGAGGACGAGUGUCCACGCGCCGUCUUCAACAAGGUACAGAGGACCUUCACCGUGGACAAGUUCGCUAACGGACGACUGAGGAGCACGGUGACGCAUUCCACGCUGGUGAAGAUCGCGUCCCAUUGUCUUGCUCUACUGCUUCACGUGGGAGACCAGACGGCGGACAUCACCCUCCUACACCGGGACCUGGCCAUCAGUGAAAGCAGGAUGAUGGAGGUGGCGAAGGCCAUGGGCCUCAAACUGUCCCGACUGUCUCUCGGCACCCCGGAGGAGACGGGACUGCAGGACGAGCACCGCACGGCCUCGCUCGAGCUUCCGCUGGUCUGUUACGAGCGCCGCAACGAGAGCAGAAAACGCAAGAAGAUGCAAUAGAGUGUUUUUUAAUCGCUCGAGUUGUUCUGAUGGUCUGGAAAAUAAAUACAAAUCGUGAAUAUAA